AUGACAGUGGGAAUGGCGGUGGUGGUGGCCGAUUCGGCGGUGGUUUCUCUGGCGGUGCUGGACGCAAUGCCAAUGACCAAUCUUCCGGUUCCAACCGCAACAGCGGCUCAAACUUCGGCGGUAAUGGGUCAGGGCAUCGACAACAACAAAGCGGAAACUUUGGCGGAGGGCAGAAUCAUGGUAACCAGUAUUCUGGAAAUCAACAUGGCGCCGAUGCCCCCCCCAAAUGCCGAAGAGAAGGAGAAGGAGAGGGAAAGAGAGAAGGAGAAGGAGAGAGAGAGAGAAAAGGAGAGAGAAAAGGAGAAAGAAAAGGAGCGCAAGAGAGAACGCGAAAGAGAAGAGGAAAGGGAACGCCAAAAAGAGAAGGAGAAGGAAGAUCGAAAGAAAGCUGAGAUGCAGCGCGAACGUGAAGAGGCUAAGCGCAAAGAAGACCUCCGUCGAAAGAUGGAAGAAUUCAAACGCAAGCAGCGUCGAGAGCAACUGGAACGCGAAAUGGCUGCGGCUAGGGAGAAAGCAGAGAAAGAAGCACGCGAGCGAAUGGAGAGGGAAGCUGCCGAGGCCCGCGCAAAGCAGGAAAAAGCAGCCGCUGAUGCGAAGGCGGAAGCUGACAGGCUCGCAAAAGAAGCAAAAGAGAAAGCCGACAAACUGGCCGCCGAGGCAAAAGAGAAGGCCGCCAAGGAGGCUGCUGAGAAGGAAGCAGCAGCUAAGGAGAAGGCCCAGAAGGAGGCCAUGGCCAAGUUCGCUGCUCUCAAAGAAGCGGCCGCUAAACGCUACGCAGAGAAGAAGGCCCAAGAGGCCAAAAGCAAGGCCCAGCAGCCACAGGCUACUGCCAGUGCAACUGGAGCACCCAGGACACCUUCUCCAAAAAAGCAGCCACCCUUUCCAACAGCCAACACAACCAUCGAAGACGAUGCGUAUUCCUUUCGGCCCUACGAUCGUCCACGACGCCCGUAUGGGAAGGCAUCUGGAUCUGGAUCCGCCUACUCCGAGUCAUCAUAUGCUCCUUCGCAGUCAACAGCUCGCACGACACCUCCACCUUCACACCGCAGCACAUAUUCCACCAAGGAUCCUGAUAAGAUCGUGAUCCAGGGUGUCUAUCAGUUUAACAACGCUUUCAUGAAGACUCCGGUCGCACAAUUAGUCUCUGGACAAGGCAUGGUGACCGAUGGUCUUGUCCUACGCAUGACAACCGAAGGUCUCUUCGUCGAUGACGAUCUUCGUGGUGUUGGCCAGCGCGAAUGGGACGUCAAAGCAUGGACCUUGAAAUUGGCCGAAAUCUGGUGUCCCCAGGUUGGAUCCAACAGCCAACCCUCCAAGCCUGGUUCCAACAACCCAUUCUCCUUCCGUCGCGGCGCAUCAGCCAACUCGAUGCCCACCAACGAAGAGUCCGACGCUUUCACCACCAACCUUCUCAAGGUUUGCAAAAACACCUGCCGACUGGCAUCGCCAAGCGCCUGCUUUGCCCGCAGUUCCAACGCAAGUGGCGGUGGGCCAGUCCAGCCGCCACAGGCAGAGUUUCGGGGCCUCCACAUUCUCCGCGCUAGUAUUCGCGAUCAGGAGGGCCGUAAGUACGUUUUUGUCCUGCAAGACACUGAAGCAUGGAAGCUUGCCAUGGGUCUCCAGCGUCUGCGCGGUGGAGCUCUCGUUCGUGCCUUGGGCGUCUCGGCACUUCCAGUCCCCGAAUGCAAGAGCAUCCUCGGUGGACUGGGCUAUAUUUAA